GUCGAAGCUGCGGUGGGACAGCUCUUCUGAUUGAAGCAAAGCCCAAAGUUGAGAAUGGGUCCCGGAGCCGAGAUCAGCAGGGGAUGUAAAAGCGUAAGGAUCAGCCUGCAGCAGACCCCACGCUAAAGAAGCGACAGGGAAGGAAUGCAAUCUUUCCCUACCUAGCGCCGUAGGGGCUCUGUGGGCGAUGGGAGGGAGGAGCCGGAAGUAAACCAACCUGAAAGAUUCUGGGAAUUGUAGUUUGAGUAGUAAGGUGGGGCAGUCGGUCCUAAGAGCUAAGGGCAAUUCCGUUUCCGGUCGCACGUAGGUCCUUUUGUUAGUCUGGUCCGGCUCCCGCGUGGGAGGUUCUCUGGUCUACCUCUAAAAGAAUCUUGGAUAAGACUGGUGGAUCUCUUUGGUUAAAUACAUCCUGUCAUGGACUGUUCUCUAAAUCUUUCUGAUAGCUCUUGGUAGAAACCAGGGGGACCAGGCCAGGUAUUUCACAAGGUUGGUUAACUGCUGGAAAGAAAUGUGAAUAUCAGGGGAAAAGAGCUUAACUGAAGAAAAUUUCUCCUGAAACUACCCAAAUCCCCAUUCCACAUGGACAAAUCGAUUACUUGAGAAUGAAAGUAGAAGAUAUCUUGCAAGUUAAAAUUCAUCAUUGGAAGCAGACAAAUCUGACUCCAAGGGAACUUCUGGGGAAGAGAUUGGAAACAUAGGAAGUUGGAGCUUUUGGCACUAGAGAAAUUUCUCUUUAUUGUACUUGGGAGCUCAGGACUUGAGUGAAAUUAAACAUACUAAGUCUGCAAGGAAGGAGUGACCAUGGAAAAGUUACCCCAAACAGUUGAAGAGAGAGGAUCCUUGGCUUCCUUCAAGACUACUCAAAUGCCACCUUCUGCAGUAGGCCUUUUUCAGUCUCCUCAGCUGCCAGAGCCUCUUCUUUGAGAUUACCUUCCAUCUGUUCUCUUUGCCUUCUCAAGAUUCUGCCCUUUCCCAGAAGAAGAACAUAGGGGAGGAUAGAAUAACUGCUGUGGUCCUGACAACUAAGUCCCAGAAAUCAUUGACAUUUAAGGAUAUGGCUGUGGAAUUUUCCCAAGAGGAAUGGGAACAACUGGACCCUGCUCAAAGAAACCUGUAUAGAGAUGUAAUGUUGGAGAGGUAUAGAAACCUGGUCUUGUUGGGGCUUCCAAUUUCUAAGCCUGAUGUAAUCUCCCAGUUGGAACGAGGAAAAGAACCAUGGUUGUUGGAGAGAGAAGACUCAAAAGGUGGCUGCCUAGACUGGGGUAUUAGACCUGAAACUGAGGAAUUAAUUCCAAGACAGGACAUUGCUGAGGUCGAAUCAUCCCAUGGAGUUUUAAUGGAAAGACUCACAAGGGAUUCUGUGUUGGAAGAAGCAUGGCAAUGUGAAGGACAGUUAGAAGGGCAACAGGGAAACCAUGAGAAACAUUUAAGCCAGGACACAGUCAUUCACAAGAAAAGUCCUGGGGAGAGAAGCCAUCAGUGUAAUGAGUUUGGGAGAAACUUUGGCUUAAGGUCAUUCAUUGUUACACCACAGAAAGUUCCUUCAGGUGAGAGACUUCUUAAAUGUGAUACACUUGGAGAGAACUUAAAACAGAAUUCAGAACUGAUUAAAGAUCCAAGAAUUUGUACAGGUAAGAAGCCUUGGAAAUGUAAUGAGUGUGGGAAAGCCUUUAGUUACUGCUCAGCCUUUAUCCUACAUCAGAGAAUUCAUACUGGAGAAAAACCCUAUGAAUGUAAUGAAUGUGGAAAAGGUUUCAGCCAGAGCAUACACCUUACCCUUCAUCAGCGAAUUCAUACUGGAGAGAAACCCUAUGAAUGCAAUGAAUGUGGGAAAGCCUUCAGUCACCGAUCAGCCCUUAUUCGACAUCACAUAAUUCAUACUGGAGAGAAACCCUAUGAAUGUAAUGAAUGUGGGAAAGCCUUUAAUCAAAGUUCAUACCUUACUCAACAUCAGAGAAUUCAUACUGGAGAGAAACCCUAUGAAUGUAAUGAAUGUGGGAAAGCUUUUAGUCAAAGCACAUUUCUUACUCAACAUCAGGUAAUUCAUACUGGAGAGAAGCCCUAUAAAUGUAAUGAAUGUGGGAAAGCCUUUAGUGACCGCUCAGGGCUCAUUCAACAUCAGAGGACUCAUACUGGGGAGAAACCUUAUGAAUGUACUGAAUGUGGGAAAGCCUUUGGUUACUGCUCUGCUCUUACUCAACACCAGAGGACUCAUACUGGGGAGAAACCUUACAAAUGUAAUGACUGUGAGAAAGCUUUUAGUGACCGAUCAGCUCUCAUACGGCAUCAGAGAACUCAUACUGGAGAGAAACCCUAUAAAUGCAAGGAAUGUGGGAAAGCCUUCAGCCAGAGUUCAUCUCUUACAAAACAUCAGAAAACUCAUACUGGAGAGAAACCUUAUAAGUGUAAUGAAUGUGACAAAGCCUUCAGCCAGAGCUCUUCCCUUUCUCAACAUCGAAAAACUCAUGCUGGCACUAAAGCCAGCAAAUAUGGAAAAGCCUUCAGUGAACACUCAGCUUUUACUCAACAAAAGAGAAUACAUACUGGAUAGAGAUUCCAGGAGCACAGUGAAUUCAGCAGUUUUUUGAGGGUUUACUAUGUGUACAGUACUGAGCUAAGUGCUGUGGAUACUGCGAAGAUUGUAAGACAGUGUUACAAAAAGACCAUGUAUACCAAAAAGUGUGCAGUCCUAUAUGGGUUCCUGAUGGUGCGUGCGUUGAAUAUAAACACGGAGUCUUGAGUAUCUUAAAAUGUUUUAGUGAAUGACAAUGAGGGAUUUCCUUGGCAAAAUAAUGAUUGUCUUUAUACCACUAAUGUGGUAUGAGCUAUUGAAUAAAUGAGAAAGGGAAGAGGUGAUCUUCAAAGGAAUGAGAUUUUCUAAUCAGGGUUGAUUAUGCCAGAGUAUGGAAUACUUAAGUUUUUAGAACAACUGAAGGUGAAAGAAUGCAAGAGGAGUUGGUCUAGAGGAGAACAUUUGGAGAAACUACUGUCUAGAAAAGCCCUACCAUUAAAAGGAGAGGCAUGAGAAAAGAGAAAAAAACUGGGGUGGAUAAAAUUCAGGAAGGACUUACUGAUAUAGAUAGGUCAUUGAAUGUCCAGAACCAAAAGAAAGGCUGUCCAAGACUCUCCUAUGCAGAGUAUUCAGAGCAUUGGCUGCAUUGAUGAGACCUUUGGUUCCCACGAUAGGUUCCACCUGGAAGCCCAAGUGUGAUGGACCUGUAGCGAAACAAACGGACCCUGUGGCAAUUUAGGGAAAUUUAAGAAUGCAGCCUAGGCUUACAGUUAAGAAGGAUAGAAUAGUAAAAGAACUGUAACCCAGUGUUUGGAGACCAGUAACAAGGAUUUACAGACUGGAAAGGAAGGGAAUGAAGGACAAGGACUUUUUGGGGGGAUAAUUUAAAUGCUUCCUAGAUGAGUAGUUUGAGAAUAUUUUUGUGAUUUACCUCAGCUGUAAAUGGUGGUAUUGCAGAAGUUGCUGUAGUUUUGUUGUGUGUUGAACUAAAAUACAUGCUGGGCUACAGUGGACAGAGUAGAAAAAAGUACUCUCAGGGAAGAGAAAAUAGGGAAAGACAGGUAACCAUAGUUACCUUCUCCCUUUUUAUUCCUUGGUGAGAGAAUUUAAAAAAAAAAAUUAAGGCCAUUGGUGAUAGGUAAUCUGGCUGGGGAAGAAGUUAUCUCUUUACAUGGUCAGGGUAUCCCAUUGUUAUACAAAGUCCCACAACAUUUUGGUUGGGGUAAUAAACCUUUAUCCAUAACAAUCCUUAUUCCUCAUCAGAGAAUUCUUCUUGGAAAGAAAACUGACUGUUUAUUAGUUUUGGCUGAGCUCAAGCUCUUCAGGUGAAGCAGAAGGACCACCCUGAAAGUCCAGUGCACUCUAGAUAGCAUAUAUACCGCCAACUCUUAUGGUAAUCUGGUGUAUGGAUCAGAAAUUUUUAUUGGAGAAAAUUAGAGGAGUCCUAAUGUAAUAAUAUUAGUUCACAUAAAGUUCUCUAAGGUUUACAAAACACUUUAUAUACGUUUGAUCUUCAAAAUAAUCUUAUCAGUUAGGUGCAAUUAUUAUCCCUUUUUUUAAAUAGAUGAAUAGGCUGAGACUCAAAUGCUAAGUUACUUGUCCAGAUAAUAAGUGUCUGAGGCAGGAUUUGAUCCUUCUGCCAAUUUUCUGUCCAUUGUGCCAAACUGCCUUUAAGAUAUUCUCCAGUUUAUAAUAGGAAGCUUGGAAUAAUAUUUUGAGAGUGGGAUAUGGGUAUAUAUAUAUACAUAUAUAUACAUAUACAUACACAUAUACAUUUUUUGUGUAGAGAAAAAUUUGUAAUGAAGAAGUAAAGAAGAAUGUGGUUUACAUAGAGGAUUAUUGACUCUAGUUUGUUUCAAAUGUAAUUCUAGGAAAACAAUAACAUCGUGGAGAAAAGAGCACUAUUGGUUUUUUAAUCUAUUUAAAACAAAAUGAAGAAUUGGAUUAUAGUUGGAAGGGAUCUUAUAGAUCAUUGAGUCCUAUGUUUUUUGUAUUGCAAAAACAAUAGCUGAAACUUUUAGCUAUUUAUGGUUCACACAGUGCUUUACAGAUUCUUUGGACCUCUGAAAUUUCUACAAGUAAGGAAGAAGUUAAGAGAACCAAAGUUCAGAAGCUUUAAACUUGGUUUAAAUAGACCAAUGGGAAGAGUAACUGUAUUAAAAGCCAAUGGUUUUCUAAAUUCAGGGCUUACAGAAUAAGCCCAAGGUAAGAGGUAAAAAAGAAAAAACUUUAAAACAACUAUUCAUGAGAGAGAGAAUAUAAAUGAAAGUACUUCUGUUUGAUAAGUUCAGAAACAGAAGGAGGAACUCAGAGUCUGGACAGGACAUCUUCUCUCUCCAAUGUCUUAAUAAGGGCACGUGGUUUAUAAAGGCCUCUAAGAAGUUUUGCACGUCCUGAUGUGGCAUAAUAUAGCAUUAGCCAACUAGGACUAAUUACUAAGGACAAACUUUGGAUUAUAGAUCAGAGACAAGCUCUGGAACUUGGUAGGGUUAUAAGCUUGGGGAAUUUAUAAUAGUACGUGAGAAUUUAAUUCUAAAUUAGAGUAAAAAAAAAUAGGAAGCAGAACAACUUGAGAUGAGAUCCCAGAGCACAAAGACUUGAAUUUGGUGCUCUGAGUUUUUAGAAUUGUUUUUAAAAAUCCUUCAGAAAAAGGUGAUUGAAAUUGUAGGUCACCACUUUUGGACUUGAGUAACAAAGAAUGUAAAAAAAAAAAUUUGGCUUGGAUAUGGAGUGAAUAUCAUAAUUUAAAUGACUAGGUAUGCCACCUAGUGGCAACUCAUGCAAACUACUGUGUAUAGAUGGAAUCUGAGGGAAUAUUUCCAAAUAGAAAAAUGAGAAUCAUGUCUUAGUCUGACAUAGACUGGUCUAAACCCUGUCUGAGAACAAUGUAAUCCAGCUAUAUGACUGCUUCAGGCCAUUUUGCAGUCUGUGAUGAAAUCUAUCCAAGAACUGGAAACUUUUCUAAGGGGUAGAAAAUGUGGGUUGUUUUUUAAUCCCUGAUGAAAGAUGUAAAUUACAAUAAAUUUAGUUCCUUUCCUUUGAGAA